AGCAGCUUCACACCAUGUUUGUUCCGGCUCUGCUGACCUGUAUUGUGCUGAGAGCAUUCAGUGCUCAAGCUAAAGUAGCUGACGACUUUACUGAUUGUAAAGCAUUUUUCUACGCAGAAACAGAACCUGUGGGAAUGGAUCAGAAUGCCAAGAAAAUCUGUCAGUUUACACCAAACUUUGCUCCUCAUUACGCUACGCUGUACUCGAUUCCUCACAAGAUUCCUCUCUACAGCGCCUACAUAUUUGACCAUACAUGCUUCGACGACAGUGGAAGGCCAAGCUACUGGCAUUUAGAGCCACAGAUUUCCAAACCUGAAGAAAAUGAUAAAUACUAUAUGGUCCGUGAGAAUCAAAAUUACAAAAGAGCUUAUAAAGACAAUCAAGCCAUCAGCGACGACUACAGUGAGACGGGAUAUGAUCGCGGACACCUGAACCCCAACAGCUUCCAGUGCGGUCUAGGCCGUAUAGCAACAUUCACGCUGACCAAUGCAGCACCUAUGGAUGCGUGCUUCAACCGUAACCAAUGGGGAAAGUGGGAGAAAACUUUGAGGAUUCUUUUAAGAGACACACUUAGUAUUGACGGUGGGUCAGCUACAGUCUACAUUGUCACAGGUACAGUACCCGAUGUGAAUCUACGAAUACCACAAAGAGAAAUCUCUGAAGAUCCCGAAAGGGUGACGGUGCCCUCUCACAUCUGGACAGCUGUCUGCUAUAAGCACAAGUCUGAUGACGAAAAGUCUUUCUCCUUUGGCUUUAUGGGGGAAAAUAAGCCAGAAGGCAGCAUAAGCCUGAUGAGCGUCCCAAACCUGAACACACAAAUAAAAAACCUCUAUAGUCAGCAGUCAGAAAUGAGCAUUUUUGUGGGUGAUUGUUUUCAUGACAAUAAUAAAUUAGAUAAGGUUCAGGUCAAGUUUCAGAAAUUAAUCAGUCAACAAAGCAAGGAGAAGCAAGGAGUCCAAAUGAGCUUAGGCAUGCAAAACACAUACAACACAUUGAAAAGGGCUACUGACAGUAACAUCGUACCUGAAAAGAAAUUCAAGGUGAGUGAGAUGACAAUAAAAUUAGCCUUUGACAGCAUGAGCACUUACCACAAUGUAGCAAAGGAUCUGAAGGUUUCUUCUGGAAGCAGUUGUCUUUUAACUCGUGUGAAACCACUAGUAAGGAGUGAUCUCAGAAAAAGGGACAUAUCAGGGGUGUCGGAUGCUGUCGAAUGCCUGCUGGUCCCAGAGAAGCAGAUGACGGCAGCUGAUGGAUCACCCUGCUUGAGCUUCUCUGACUCUAGGUACAGCUGUGUGUGUGAAACAAAUGGUGAAGUCAAGUCCUGCUGCUCAACUCCCUGCCUGUACCAGGACAAUCACAAUUCCUACAGGUGUUACUCAGGCCAGACGGAGAUCGAGUGCUCGGCCCGGUACUCACUCGUCACUUUUAAAGGAGAGAAGUGCUUGGAUGAUCACCCAUGUGCAACAUAUGGCAACGACUACUACUGGUGUAAGACCAUCUCUGGCAGCUGGGACUUCUGCAGCCCUCCGCUGUGGAGAAGUAAAGCUAAAAAUGGGAAGUACUGCCGCAGUGACCAUGCCUGUGCCAAAUAUGGAUCAGGAGAUAUGUGGUGCUACACGGAUGAUGAAGACAAUUAUGACAAAUGCUGUACUUCCGAUGACUGCUACUCAGCUGUGAAUGGCAAAACCUGCAGGUUCAAUCACAAGUGUGGCUACAAUGGGAAAGGUUAUCUGUGGUGCUACACAGACUACGAAGACAACUGGGAUUACUGUUGCAAAGCAUGUUUGUGAUAGUUGGUUUGCAAUUUGUGGUAUGAUUAUAACUAAUGCAGGACUUUGCUAAAUUGUACUAUGAGCUCUUACUAACCUACAAACUAACAUAAAAAAUAUUGACUCUCAUAUGUGCUUCUGAAAUUAACAGAAGCUUAAAAUGCUUAAGCUUAAAGGGCAUAUGUAUGCAAAAAAAAUCUCA